ACGGACUAGCGUAUAGUGCGGUUGCGGAACGCAGACCACAUACGAACCGAAAUGUUGCAUUAUUAUCAAGUUGUGUGUGAUUCACAUGUCCAUUUAAGAGUCGACUUGAUUAAACAACGGAAUAGUUUAUCAAAGGCUAGCUAUCGACAGAGUUAGAGAGAUUGAAUGAGCGUUGUGCGUACAAUAGAAGCAAUAGAAUGCUUGUGAUUUUAAGUGUUUUAUUAUACACGACGAUUUGUUGUGCGAAUCAACCGUCAAUUGUGUCGCGAAUCGAUUCAAAUGAACUUUCAUUCGAGAAUCCCAUACAAACCGACGAAGAAUUAAUUUAUCCCACAAUAGAUCCGAAUAUUGCCGAAGAUGCUAACCUAACUACGCCGCAAUUAAUUACCAAGUAUGGUUACAAGGCCGAAGUGCACUAUGUUACGACUGAAGACGGCUACAUAUUACAAUUGCAUCGAAUUUCUGGUGGGAACAAAUAUCCAACGAAAAAAGGGAAAAAAGUUUGCUUUUUACAGCAUGGAUUGUUUGACUCAUCAGCGACAUGGGUUCUUUCGGGACCAGGUCAUGGUUUAGGUUACAUAUUGGCCGAUGAAAACUAUGACAUCUGGUUGGGAAAUAAUAGAGGCAAUAGGUAUUCAUGCAAUCACACAACAUUAAACCCGUUUGGAUCAUCAAAAGAUCGAAAACAUUUUUGGUCAUUUUCAUGGCAUGAAAUUGGCGCAUACGACCUACCAGCAAUGAUUGACUAUGUUCUCGCCCAAACGAAUCAAACGAAGCUACAAAUAAUUGCGCAUUCACAAGGAUCGACGGCAUUUUUUGUUAUGGCCUCGCAACGACCAGAGUACAACGAUAAAAUAGAAAUGAUGCAUGCACUAGCACCCAUUGCUUUUUUAUCGCACGUUAUCAGUCCGCCGAUUCGCAUUAUUGCUCCGUUUGUAUCUGCGGUUGAGACAAUAAACUCACUUAUUGGCUUAAAUUAUAUAACGCCCAGCAAUGAAUACUUAACGUUAGCCGGAAGAAUAAUGUGCCGAGAUAAGGCGCCCACACAGAUAAUAUGCUCGAAUCUGCUAUUUUUGACAAUGGGCUAUACAUCGGAUCAAUUGAAUAUGACUCUAUUACCGGUAAUUCUCGGUCAUACACCAGCUGGAGCUGCAACGGAUCAGUUGUUACACUAUGGACAAGAAGUUAAUUCGGGCCACUUUCGACAGUACGAUCACGGUCGUGUUGGCAAUUUAAUUCGUUACAAACGCAUUUCACCUCCCGAUUACAAUUUAAAGAAUGUCAAAGCGCCCGUUGCACUCUACUAUGCACAAGAUGAUUGGCUUGCUGUUGUCAAAGAUACCCAACGUUUACUGAAAUCUCUUCCAAACGUUGUGCACAAUUAUUUAGUGCCACACAAACAAUUCAAUCACAUUGACUUCCUCUGGGGCAUUGACGCUCCAUUCCUCGUUUACGAUGAAAUUGUGCGCACAAUGAAAUUAACCAAUUAUGACGAGCCAAAUAUGGAUAUUGAUAUUAGAAACUUUUUAGCAUUGUAAGCGUUUCUCACUCAAAUAAUAAAAUGCAAUAACAACGAAAACAAAUAUCCCACUUUUAAUUGGUUUAAUUUGAUCAGAAAUUUCAAUUUUAUGUUCGUGUUAAUUGUGAUUAGUCUAAGGCGUGUUUGAAAUUUUCAUGAUAAACGAACAAUGUCGGAAUGAAUAAAAGCAUAAAAUGAAGUACAGAAAA